AUGUGCGGUGCAGGGGAGCCGCUCGGCAGACGGGGCGAGCCGGCCGGAUCGCGCUUCCUCCUCUCCCGUGGGCGCGCUGCUGCUGCGGUGUUCGAGCUGAACCGCGGGGAGAAGGCGACGAUCGGACGGGCCUUUCACAGUGACGUCGUCAUAAAGUCGAAACAGAUAUCUGGCCAUCACGUCGAGCUGUUCUUUCCUCUGGAGGCCUCUCAGCCGUCGCUGCUGCUGGCGCGCGACGUGUCUACGAACGGUACGGGAUUCCGACUUGCUCAUGACGCGGAGUUCGUGGCGUUAGACAGGGGUCGAGCGCAGCUGCUGCCUCACGGGGCUGAGCUGCUGUUGCCGCUGCGGGUGCCAGGAGCCGCGAAGGCAGAGGCGGAUGCUGCGCAGGUGCGGCUGACUGUGCGCUAUCUUCACGCCGUCGAGGGGCCGUGCAUGGCUCCGCCGCCUGACCGACGGUUGCCAGAUGCCUGGAUGGGCCCAGGCAGUGCCGGGCGAUGGCGGUACAGCGAGUGCCUCGGCGAGGGUGGCCUAGGCUUCGUGUACCUGGUCUACGACAUGGUCGGUGAUCUAGGCGCAGUGGCCCUCAAGGUGUCCAAGUGGGGCCACAAAUCGCACGGCCUGGGCGCACCGCGCGAGUCCUGGGAGGUGUACACCAUGCACCGCGAGGCGCAGUGGUCUCAGCAGUGCCUUCACAACCAGGACGACCCGCGGUACGACGCGAAGCUUGCCUCCCUGUUCGUGAGGUACCUCGAGGACCACACGGGCUUCCCGCCGCCUGCUGACCCCGCGGAGUUCCACGCGGUCCGGGCUGCGUACGAGCAGCCGGGCCUCGACUGGAGGCAGGACCCCUACGUCGUGAUGGAGCUGGCGCUCGGCGAGGUCCUGUCCAGCGCGAAGCCGGAGGAGACGUUCAGCGCCGAGGAGCGGUGCGCGGUGACUCACCAGGCCGCGGAGGCACUCGUCUACCUGGGGCGCUUCGGCCUGCUGCACCGCGACUUCCGCACCGCGAACAUCCACGUGGCACGCCGCGGGGGCCGCUGCCGCAUCAAGGUGCUCGAUCUCGGGCUGCUCAUCCGGGCAGACCCCGGGGCGGCCACCAGCACGAACGUCGCCGUGAAGGCGCUCUGGGAUCGGCGGCAGCGCGAGUACGACUGGGUGCCUCCCGAGGUCUUCGGCAGGCCGCCGCGGAACUUCGCGCUGCCCGCCCACUCCUUCGACGUCUACUCGCUGGCCGUGCUCAUCAUGAGGUUGCACGGCGGCAAGAGCUGGGCAAGGAAGGUCUUGCAGGGCCGUGCCGCCCACGACGACCGCCUGCGGCAGAGGCUGCGGGAGAAAGGCCUCGACGCGGACCAGCUGGCCGAGAU